UGGAAAUAUAAUAUGCUCGGAAUAAUUUUGCUUAUACUGAUUUUCCAGAAGUGUUCAUUAUCGUACAACAAAAUCUGCUUUUAUCGUGAAGAUGAAGGUUAUGGUAAAUACCCACUGGAAAAGUAUUAUUAUAAUGCGACUAUUGGAGAGUGUAUGACAUUCAUCUACCUUGGAUAUGGAGGAAACGAUAAUAAUUUUUUCACAAAAGAGACAUGUUUAUUAACGUGUAAUUCAAGUGGCACAUUCGAUAGACGCAACUGCCAUAAACCUUACCUUCGAAAAGAAUGCUAUGAUAAUCACAACCACUACUACUAUGAUACACAAUUGAGGAAAUGUGUAGCCUUUGGAUGGACCGGAUGCAACAAAAAUGGAAAUGACUUCCGGAGCUACGAGGAAUGCAUAGCAAAAUGCGGAUCGGUAGAAGCUCGGUAUUUCUCAAAUAAACGUGAGUUCUUUCAGGAUAAAGUUUAUUUUUCAGCUUGCAUUUUAUGCAUAUGCUUGAUCUAGGGCAUACACAUUCUACAAG